CCCGGACCGGGAUUUGAACCGGUGACCUUCUUGCUGAGAGGCAUCAGCUCUAUCAACUGAGCCACCGUGCCACCGUCACCUGAACUCGUCCCAGUCAAACUUCAGGUGACCUGUCAGGAGCUGGAAGGAUGUCUGUGAUUGUGAGCAGAGCUGAUGGGGUCGUUGUGUUGACGGUGAUCUCUGACACCAACAGUCGUUGGCCUCCUCUGUGUCAGAUCAUCAACAACCUUUGCUGCACCCCAGAGUGCUGCUCAGUGUCUCAGAACCUGCACAGAGCCCUGAAAUCCUCUAUGUCUGUACUUGGGGCUCUGCAGAUCAUGAUUGGGCUGCUCAAUAUCGGCCUUGGUGUCAUCCUCCAUCAGUGUCAUGCUGGUCCUUGGUAUCUUUACGAAAUAAAUGGAUUUCCUUAUUGGCUGGGAGCACUGUUCGUUUUAUUUGGCAUCAUGUGCAUUUUGUCUGAAAAGUUUCCAAGUCCAUGUCUGGUCAUCCUGAAUGUAAUUCUGAACAUGGCUGGAGGAGCUUUUGCCAUUGUAGCCUUUAGUUACUACAUCUACACCUUAACAGAACCAGAUUGGAGGAGCUCUGAAUGGACACCUGAGUCAAGUUCUGAUCAGUUCACACAUCAGUUCACACAGAACGUACUGUCCACGAGCCUCCUGACAAGCAUUAAUGGAGUCCUAAUUGUUUUGUCCAUCCUGGAGUUGUGUGUUGUCAUCAGUGCUGCAGUUUUGGGGAUUAAAGCUAAGAUGAGCUCAGAGAAAGAACCAGACAAGGGUUCUGAGGACUCAGUCUGUUAUGAACCUCUGGAGUGAGACGAAGUCUACAAACACCUUUCACUUCCCUAAAGCCCUGAAUCACAGAUCCACGGACGGUUUCACUUCAUCAAUAAUCAUUUACUUACAUUCAGACCGUUUUUAAUGUUGGGUGUGUGGUCCUGUGUUUUGUUGGUGUAUAU